GUGAGAGGCAGACACACGCACACUACCACACCGACUCACACUUGACGCGGUCGUUACACCUCGGAAUGGUCGUUAGAGGUCAUCGGUGUAUGCCAGAGUGUGCCAGUGUGUUCCCUGUCGUCCUGCAUCUCGGGUGAGCACGGCCUGUCACACACCACCCCGAGAUGUUCGUGAGUGUGUAGGGGGCGCCGCCGCUACGCUACCGCCGCUCAGUCUAUCUAGCCUGAGAGAGCGAGGGGGUGUCAGUCAGUGAGUGUCCGUGUGCCGUGCCCGUGUGAGGAGUGUGUCCCGCAGCCAGUGUUGUCUUUCUAGUGAGUGUCUGGAGACUAACCUGGACUACACACGACCUUGGGACCUUCAUCUCACCAGUCACAGCCACCACCACCACCAGCUCCAGCUCCAGCUCCUGCAGCAUCGCCAUCCCUCCCUUCGUCAGCGCCGCCGUCACUCAUCAUGGACCCAAUGUACUACCACUGGUGGAACAGCCAUAACCAACACAACUCAGGUACAAACUGGUAUAUGGAUCCUCAUAAAACGGGAGGUGGCAUGAACCAGCAACCGCCACCUGCACACAACAUGCCUGGCCCACCACAGCACCCAAACACCCAGCACCCUCCCACCAUGGGCCAGGCCAUGCCACCACGGCCCAUGCAGCCCAACUACUCCAUGCAGCCCCGGCCAGCCCACACUGGUGCUCCGGGAGGCAUGGCAUCCAAGCCUAUGGGAGCUCCAGGUGGCCUUAUGGGUCCUAAACAGCAGACACAGGGUGGCAUGGGUCCCAAGCCCAUGGUGCAAGCAGCCACUGUGCAGCAGGUACAACAGAAAGCCCUCACCCCUAUCCACCAGCCAGCCCAGCCCAAGCCCAACAUGCCCGGCAACACCACUGCCAACAUGAUGGGCAAACCUUUUGGCUCGGCUGUCACUGUGUCCUCGGCCAUCACUCCCAAGCUGCCUGAAGCCCUGCAGCAGCCCCACACACAGCCACAGCAGCCUAAACCAGCUGUCUCUGUCCAGCAACAGCACCAUCAGCAACAACAGCAUCAGCUGCAGCAGCAACAGCAACAACAGCAGCAACAGCAGCAACAGCAACAGCAACAGCAACAACAACAACAGCAACAACAACAGCAACAGCAGCAGCAAGUACAGCAGGAACAGUCACAACAAAACCAAUCCUCCAAACCCAGUGUACCUGUCCAGCAGCAGCAGCAGUCUGUCAAGCCAUCAGUACCUGUCCAACACCACAAUCAACAGCCACCUAAGUCUAAUGUACCUGUCCAACAACUACAGAACCAGCAGCCUCUCAAGCCUGUAGUGUCAGCUCAGCAGCAGCUGCAGCAGCAACAGCAAUCACAGCCUCCAAAGACGCCUGCCUCUCAGAACGCAACAACACUACCAAAGCCACCCACACCUUCAGUGUCAAUCACUCCAAGCAUUGCUAAGCCAACCCAGAGCUUACUAACAGGGAACCAGGCCAAGCCAGUACAAGCCCAGGUUGCUUCCUCCCCCACCAAGCCUGUGCCAGCAGCUGUGCCCAUUCCGGCCACCGUGACUGCCAUCCCUGCCAAGCCCAGCACACCAGCUGCCACUCCAGCUGCAGUGCCCACCUCCACCCCUAAGCCUGCAUCUAAUGAGGCCCCUUCAGCCCCACAGAGCCAAGCACAGAUGUCAAAGCCCACCACACAACCACCAGUGACUGUGACAGCCAAGCCUGAACAGCCUGUCAAGCCUACCACUCCUGCUGCCACAACAUCCACACCAACACCAACCUCACCAACCAAGCCUGCCACAGCUCCACCAGCUACAACUCCAGCAGCACCUCAGCCCAAGCCUUCUCAAACUGAGACUGCACCUACACAAAAACCUGCUGCAAGUGAGACCCCAGCCACCCAGAAGGCGGUGGAGCCCAGCAAACCAACCGAGGCACCACCAAAGACCCACACCGUGCCCAGCGUCAAUGGUGUGCCGGCCUCCAAGACCACUGUCAAGCCGGCCACCACAGCGCCACCACAGUCCAAACCUGCCGACACUCCUCCCGUCGCCGAUGCCAAGCCAGCGACACUUCCAGCUUCCUCCCCCACCAAGCCAACACCUGUGGCGGCCAAGCCCAAGGUGGAAGCUUCCCCGCCUCAGCCUAAGAAGGAGGCAGCAAAAGUGCCUUCCACCCCCAAGGCAGCUACAGAGAACUCCACAGACACCAAGACCACCAAUCACCUGGACACCAAGGAGGAGGCUGAGGAGACACCAAAGAAACUCCAGCCUAGGACACCCAGGCAAAAACGAGAGGUGCAGGUGAUGCAGGAGACGCCCGGGGAUGAGCGCCGCAGCAAACGGUCGCGUAACCCGGCCACUCUGUACCAGUCGCCCAGCACAGAGCCCAUCAGUCGGCCACGGAAGAGUGAGCCGGCCACACCCAAGGCUCCCCAGGACAAACUCAUCAUAUUCUUCAGAAAUGAACAUGUGGCAGUGAGGAACUCGGAGGGAACCUUCUUCCUUUGUCAGGUGGCACAGAACGUCUUCAAAAACACACGCAAGAUCAAGAUCAGAUGGCUGUCACCAUUGGACCCGGAUGACAAGAACUGCAGCACCUACACCCCAGACUAUUACGACAUCACAGAUUUUGACUGCAUCCUGACCACAGUGAGUCUGGAGCGGAUAGAUCGGAAAACACUGCGAUUACGACCUGAGGAGGAGACACGAAUCAACAACAUCCUGAAGCGUGCCAUGGAUGUGGAGAAGGGCGUCAUGUCUGACAACUCCAACGUUAAUCCAGAUCACCCCGAUGGAUUGGAUCUGUCACUCUACAUCAAUGAAGACCAGCUGAAGACAAGGAGGAAGCGAAGUUCUCCAUCCAAGAGAAAGAAGAAAGAGGAGUCGUCUGGGGAGAGUGGAGUGGAGUCAGAGGACGGGUCCCAUGAUAGUGAAGGUGAAGGUGAGGUGAGCCCCAGGAAAGCAGCGAAAACUCCCUCCAGACGCAAGCCCCGGGCAGGCAGCAAGACCCCGAGUACAGCCAAGGGCAAGGCCUCCACCCCGGCCGCUGCCACCAAGACUAAAACACCCAAGGCCGGCCAGACAUCAACCCCAAGAAGCACCGUCAAAGCAUCUGCUACAAAGACGCGAGGCACCCCCAAGGCCACCCCUGCCAAGGCUGUCUCCCCUAAAACCACCCCAAAAGCCACCGUCCCCGCCAAGGCAACUCCCAAGAUGGGGCGGCGGGCUGCAAGGAAAUAGCCCGAGGCCCAGUCGUCUGAGCCUGCCGAUCAGAGCCCAGAGGAAUCUAAGAGCAUAAGAGGAAGCCCACCCAAGAACCUUACUGCCUGCAUUCGGCUGAUGCUCCUUGAUAAAUAACAAUCCGUCGUCCAAUUGUUGGUUUAUAAGGGAAAGGGAACGAGUGAGCAAGCGAACCCCUGGAGAUGAGCUUUGUGGCGCGGAGGAGUGUGACCGAGCUGUGGUGUGUGGAAGCGGUGCACGUGUAGUGACGAGCAAAGGCAUAAAAGAGGUGAUUUCCUUGUCUCCAUCUCUUGGUCUUCCUUUUCUCUCUCUCUCUCUCUCUCUCUCUCUCUCUCUCUCUCUCUCUCUCUCUCUCUCUCUCUCUCUCUCUCUCUCUCUCUCUCUCUCUCUCUCUCUCUCUGUCCUUAGCGGUCACGCGGAUUAAGGCGCUGCAUUCUGUCACGAUGGUGGUAGAUUGCGGGGCAUUGAUUCGAACCUCACUAAUGACAUCUAGCAGCUAUAUGGCCUUUCAAAUUACUUCAUUGGAGGGGGGCUCCCUUGUGAUGAUUUAAUUUGAGGAUUAUUUAAUCCUUUAAAAAUCUCUCUCUCUCUCUCUCUCUCUCUCUCUCUCUCUCUCUCUCUCUCUCUCUCUCUCUCUCUCUCUCUCUCUCUCUCUCUCUCUCUCUCUCUCUCUCUCUCUCUCUCUCUCUCUCUCUCUCUCUCUCUCUCUCUCUCUCUCUCUCUCUCUCUCUCUCUCUCUCUCAAGACCUUCUGUUUGUUUAACAAGACCACUACUAUUGCUUCUGCUGUUUUUUGCUCCCUCUUACUACUGCAAUCUUUAGCAUUUGCUGCACUAUCUGUCUACUACUACUAUGACUAUGACUUGUACUUCUGAAUUAUUUGCUUCUACUUAAAGCAACACCACAACCACUACUGCUGUGUCAGUCUCGUCUCCCCAAUGUGUCGUCAUCAGAGUUUCACCCAACUCGGCUCUCCACAGAGGACCCAAUCAGAAGGCUGUUUGUCCUUGGUGUGUGAGCUGCCUCCCUCCCUGCAUGAAUGAUGGUGCCUGAGAGAGUAAGUGUGUACAGAGCUCAGUGGGGGGUACAUGUAACCAGUUUUAAAUUAACUAGAGGAUAGGUUAUGUUCAGAGUACAUAUUAAUGUUUUAAUCUAUUGUAUAUGUAUAAUAGUUCUAAAUGUACAACUCAAACUUUGUAUUAUAACAAUUUGACAAUGUGGCAUUCCCCUUCCCUUCCCUCCCUCAUCCCCUUUCCUACUACAACUCCCCACACCCACCCCUCCCUUCCCUGCCUUUGCCUCUCCCACCCCUGCCCCACGUCGGGAGGCUGGGGCGCCGGGUGAUCAAUCAACUCCCGCAGACUGUAAAUCACUGCUCAACCUGAAAUUAGUUCUUACUUUGGAGGUGUGUCCUCUCUUGGGCCCUGGGUGAGGGAUGUAGCAUGAGUUCUUUCUGAUGCAUUAGUAAGGUUUAGUCCCAAUGACAAGAGGCUCCACACCCCUUUCUCUCAUUGGGUCAUUACAGAGUUUUGAGUUUGUAUACUAAUGUAAAUCCAUAAAACAGUGGGUCUUGCAAUCAUUCUUUUUAAGAGUUUUAUUUUUUUGUUACUUUUCAAAGUGGAAAUGCAAUAUUUUGCUACUGUUCAAUGCACGAUUACUACUUGCACUUAAGUACUGAGCAAUUGGCUUAGGAAUUACUCAGCAGUAGCAUAGUAGUGUCUGCCCUCUACCUCAAGGAGACCAGCGAGGAGUACCUGUCCCGUGCAGGGCGACGAGCCACACCAGCCGUGUACAUUCUUCAUAUAUGCCGUGUAAGAUUGUCGUAUUAUUUUUUGACUAACCUGACGAAAGGGGAUUUGUCUGAGGCAGUGUGUGCUGGCUGGGUGGAGGGCAGACAGUGGUAGGCUGUACAUAGUGACGAUCGUAACAUUGAUGUGCUGUCUUGAUCGUAGGUGUGUGACUUGCGAAUGCUGUCUGUGUUACAGAUUAUAUUUGGCUGUAAUUCUUAGAGACCACACGAGUGGUAAGAAUGAUGAAAAAAGUCCAUCCUAGUUUUCAGAACUUAAAACACGUGCCGACCCCAUAACGAAUCUGUCACGAAGGCUGUUGUCUGACCACUUGGGUACAUUUUAUGCCUGGGUUGGGGUGUACCUGGAGGCAGUAGUAAGUAGUACUGAAAGUUAUGACUGCAUUCAAGUUGUGUUUAAGAUUUAACAUCCUUGAGCAUAUCUGGGCUAUGGUUGAGAUGUGCUGAGUGAGUGCUGUUCUGUGCAUAACCAAGCCCUGUAUUAUCUUAAGCCUAAUUUCUUAGCACUGUUCAGGGCAGCAUGAGGGGACCAUCCUGGGGUUCCUUACUGCUGCCCCUGAAGGGUGUUUACCAAUAGAUAGGGGGUUUAUGUGGGAGGUAUAUUGACCUUAUUUUAUUUUUUUUAUAUUAGUAUGGGCAUUGCCCAUAAGUGAACCAAGAAAAUCCAUUGUCCUUGGUUUUGUGCUGAGUAAACUCCAAUAUCUGAUGAGCUCCUGAAUGUUCUCCACUGGUGUGUAAACAUUACCAAUAUUAGGUGUAAUGUACAUGGAACCGACCUGUUCUUUCAUAUAGUUUGUGUAAUGAACUGGCAACGUGACUGUUUAACAAGUUGCUUUUAUAACAGUGUUCGGUGAAUUUUAUACAAGUUUCGAGGACUUGGGGUGUUUGUAAAUUUUCAAUUUAACGCCCUGCUAGUGCAAACCUACCUAGCUGCUGGCUCUACUGUGCAGGGAGCGAUGCUUGGCAGGGUGCAACGAGGGCAGAACAGAAAACUGAACUAUUUCUGUUGACAUCCAGUGUACUGUACCUGUAGACCUAUAGACUGACAAAGCAAGGAAACUGAGGCUGCUCUCAGCAAGCAGGUGGCUGGAACUGGUGUUCAGGAAAAAGAUGAUGUGUGAUGAAUUUCAGUGGCAUCAUGAGAGCAGCUAGUCUUGACACAGUCCACCACCUGUCGCAGAGUGUUACAGAAGCUGUAACUUACUGUUGAGAUCAAUCUGCUGGCCAGCAAGUGAUUAACUGGAGACUGGGAAGGUGUAAUUGUGGUGCAGGUGCAGAACCUCACUCUUAUCAUGAAGUCUUAGCCAGGCAAAGGCUGGAAAACGACUGACUGAUACUACUGUACCACACCCCUGCCAUCAAGGGAACGUGAGGAUUGGCUGUGUAGGCAAUCUGCAUUUCCUCAAGCAUUGGUCAGCUUAGCCAGCCGCCGGGCCGCCCUGCCUCGCUCGUCUCCAUCUUGUGUCAUGAACUUACAGCUACUCACUGAAAGGCAUUUUUGAAACCGACCGACAAAAUAUAUAUAGUAUAAUAACUGUAAACAAAAGCGGACUGGAUUGCACGUAACCCAUGUGAUUACAUUGUAUUUUUAAUGGAAGAACAAUUACUGAAUAAUUUGCCAUUGAUGUUUGUUAACCCCUAAGAUAUCAAAGUUGUGUAAAUUAUGCUUUUUUUCACUAGUUGCUAUUAAAGAUUAUUUUGAGGAAAACUAUAUAUUUAUUUUAAUGUCAGUGAUCCUUUCUGGAAAACAAUGGCUGUUUGUAGGGGAAAGGGCUUGUGUUUUAGACAUUUUGUUUAGUCAGUCUCCCAGAUGCUAGACCGAACUCGUGUCAGACAACGGAUUAGUUUCUCUUUUUGCAACUGACCAUUUUCAAGAGGUAUUUUACAUACAGUAAGUAGGUCACAUUGUAGCAAUGUGCCAUUGUUUUCAUAAGUAAAUAUCAUUGUACAA